AUGGCCGUAAGAAACAAGAUACACGCUAUUUUGGAGUCUUUGGAGGGCAGGCCAAAACCCUCCGUAUAUGACGUGGAAUAUUGCAUGGAUGAGGCAGACAAAGAGAUCAUGCUGUAUUUGCAAGAGAGGCACCCAAUGGUCACUGAGGAAAUAUAUGAGCUAGUGAUUGACAGACUCGAAAAAGAGCACCACUUUCUGCAGAGAAUCGCAGUGACAAAAAUCUCAGAGUGCGACGAACUUGCAGAGGAGUGCAAUAUAUGCGGGGGCAUGGAGACAGAAGACGAUAACUUUCUUAUUUUCUGCGAUAGCUGCAAUAUUGCAGUGCACCAGUCUUGCUAUGGAGUGCCCCAUAUUCCAGAGGGCAGCUGGCUCUGCCGUCCGUGCUUGCUCUCCCCGAAUAAGCAGAUCAGCUGCGUCUUGUGCUCUGCUUCUGGCGGGGCGUACAAGAGAACCAGAAAUGGGGCAUGGUGCCACGUGCUGUGUGGUCUUCUUGUUCCGGGUGCUCGGUUUGAAAAUCUCUCUCUGGUUGAGCCCGUUGACAUAGAAGACGUAUACAGAAGCCAGCACCAAUGCAGUGCAUGCGGGUUCAAAAAAGGAGGGGUAGCCCCGUGUGCAUACUACGGGUGUCGCAGAUACUACCAUGCAACGUGCGCAGUAAAGAGCGAAAGAUACAUUGAUGUGGCAAAUGGGAUUCUAUUCUGCCUUGAUCACGAUCCAAAAAGAAAGGCAGAGGGACUUCUGACACGGUCUCCAGAUGGAAACUAUCCCGUUCUGGAGAAUACGCCUGUAAUACACAGUCUGGUUCCGCUGUGGAAACCGCAGCGACGUGUGCACGCAGGAAUUGAAAGUGUGCCUGCCCAGGUAUGUGACUAUGUGAUUAAUAGAAUUGCAGAGAGAGAUCUUUCUGCACACAAAAAUGCGCAUAUGUUCAUUCGGGAUAUGUACGCCGUGUGGCAGACACGAAAAAAGGAAAGACCCAUUAUAAAGAGACUUCGGCUAGACUCGCCUGCUGAUGGGUUUAAAAAAUGGGGCACGCGGGUUCUCCCAAAAAUAGAAAUAAUUCAGAGGGAGACCCACAUACUGGACAUGUUCAAGAUGCCGCAGGAGAUUGUUCUUCCAAGCGCAGAAAAGUAUAUGUACGAGGUAUAUGCAGUAGCUUCGUAUAAAAUGCAAAAACUCACAGAAACUGCAGAAAGGACAGCACACAAUAUACACAAGGGUAUUGCAGAAAUGCAAAAGAACCACGUGAACUUGAUCUCCCGGAUGAUUGAUGGAUACGGACAGAUGCAAAUACUACUGGAUGCACUUGAAAGAAUGGACAGACACAGUCUGUUCAUGGAUCAAAUUACAGACAGUAUUGCCCCUGGGUACUCCUCCAUAGUUAAAGUGCCUAUUUCUUUCAGUCUCAUCCAGAAGAAAAUUGACAGGCUGAAGUACAAGUCAUUCGGGGAGGUUGUCAAAGAUGUUGAGCUUCUUAUUAGCAAUGCAUAUGCAUACAACGGGCAUGACUCCUUCAUUGGCAUAGAGACACGCCGGAUAGAAGAAACACUUUCUGUCUACACACUGAAAGAAGGUGACAUAGUGCUUGCACGUAUCCUUCCAAGGCCAUACCUUCCGUAUGUAAUUAUUUGCUCUACCUUGGAGGAUAUCCAUGAUGCAGUGAAAAUAAGAGAUAUAUUAACAGGAGAGGAGCAUUUGAUUGAGAGGUGCAGAAUAUUAAAGAUAGACUCUACAAGUGACCUGACAGCAGGCCUGCGCAAAAUGAAUCAAAUAACUGGAAUAUCACAUCUCCAUGAAAGAGAGCAGGCAAAGUAUGCAAAUGCGUGUACGUUUAAGAAAUAA